AUGAGAUACAAACAUAUUGUACUCGUCGGUGCAUUGCUGAUUACAAUACUUUGCUUGCUUUCUGGACUUAUGUACUAUUUGAAUCAAGAUAAAUGUCCCAUCGGUACCUUCCAGUGUCUCAACAGCACCACAUGCAUGCCGCAACGUAGCUGGUGCAAUGGUGUCCUAGAUUGUCCACAUAACGACGAUGAAUCCACAGAAAAUUGUUUUGACAUGCACGGAAACUGGGAUUGGUUUAUGAAAGAAAGAAACUGGGGAAACUCAAACAAUUGCGAUAUAUUUGACGCUCCAGUUAAUUGCACCUACGAUGCGUGUCACGCAACUUGUACGAAUUUUACCGAUGUCCCUAAAAACUUGUCAUCGAAUGUAACGGCAAUUUUUCUAACCGACAACUCACUCACACAUUUAUCUCGCGACGCGUUAUCAAGAUAUCCAGAGAUACGCUUAUUAUAUCUCGAUAAUAAUAAUAUAGUCAAAUUAGAAAAAGGAAUCUUCCUCCAUCAAUCUAAGUUGUUUUGGUUAAUUCUCACAAAUAAUAGCAUCAGCGAAAUACUACCGGGACACCUAACGGGACUAGAUAAAUUAGAAACUCUGCUACUGGAUCAAAAUAAAAUUGUGACGGCAGAUUUUUCUGACCUAGAAGACAGCACUACUACAUAUUUGAUAAACCUGAGUAAGAACAUGUUAACAACAUCCGCUUUAAAACUGCCACGGUUACCGGAGUUGACAGAAAUAAUAUUGGACGGAAACCACUUCGAGUCAAUAACGGAAGAUCUCUUUGCCGGAUGCCCCGCUUUAAAAUCACUGGGUAUGGAGGACAAUAGCAUAAGCAGCAUCGACGAGAACGCGUUUCGGAAUUUGCAACAACUUAUUGAGCUUAACUUGGCAUACAACAGGAUAGUCACGAUACCGUCAAACGUGUUCCAGUCCGUGAAUAAUCUGUCGAAGCUAUUAAUCGGUUACAAUCCUGUCGUCGAGUUAUCAAUGACACUUUUUAAUCCUUUGAAUAAUCUUCGCUCUCUAAGUGUCGAAGAUAUAAACAUGGAUAAUAUGAAUAAAAACGCAUUCGACGUGUUUCCAAGGCUCGAUUUUAUAUAUUUCAAGAAAUUUCACUACUGCAUGACUUACGCGCCGAAGGUGCAGAAAUGUAGACCAACUAGCGAUGGUGUGUCAUCGAUAUCUCAUUUGCUGGACAAGCCUCUAUUAAGGGCUGCUGUUUGGACCAUAUCUUGUCUCACUUGUCUCGGUAAUAGCCUCGUUCUGUGGGGAAGAUUCACCGCUAAAGAUGAAAAUCGUGUUUUAAGUAUCAUUAUCCGAAAUCUCGCAGUGUCCGACAUGUUGAUGGGAAUAUACCUCUUCAUAAUCGCCAUAGAAGAUGCGAGGUUUCGCGAUAACUACAAAGAGGAAGCAAGUAUAUGGAUGUCCUCAUGGCCCUGCAUACUCCUAGGAGCAUUGGCGAUGACAUCAUCCGAGGUUUCCGUGCUUAUCCUGUCAUUUAUGUCCGUGGAGCGAUUUAUUCUGAUCGCAGCACCUUUGAAGUGUCAUCACGCCAUGACAUCUCAAGCUGCAGCCUCAUCGAUGAUCGUCAUCUGGAUCUUCGGACUUAUUAUCGCUCUUGCACCAGUUAUCCAUUGGAGAAGCAGCACAAAAUUCUAUGGUGUCAAUGGAAUGUGUUUUCCUCUACAUAUAGACGAUCCAUAUCUGAUAGGCUGGGAAUACUCGAUCUUUAUCUUUCUGGGACUUAAUCUAAUCGGAUUGAUGAUUAUCGGUUACGUUUACAUUGCAAUGUUCACCAGCAUCUGGAGAACGCGCCGUGCCACGCCAUUGUCGGUCGGUGAUUCUGAAUUUGCCCUCAGGUUCUUCCUAAUCGUGUUGACAGACGCGGCAUGUUGGGCACCGAUUAUAGCGUUGAAAAUCCUCGCCAUGAUGAAAUACCCCGUGCCACCUGAUUUGCACGCUUGGAUAGUGAUUUUUAUUCUGCCGGUAAAUAGUGCGGUUAAUCCGCUGUUGUACACUUUCACCACACCGAAAUUUCGCGAAAAACUUAACGAGGGUUGGUUUGGAAAAGUAUGUAGCUACAUGUUAAGGAAACAUUCCAGACAAGAUUCGGAGGCAUCAGCUACUAUCAAUAAAACGGUUAUUAAUAGGAACAUAGUACAGCCUAUCUGGAACAAAUAUGAUGAUGAUAAAAGGAAAACACCGCCUCUGCUUGACUUCAACGAUGAAAAACCUUGAUCCAAUUAGAGACAGAGUGAAAGUUA